AUAUCACCUGUCCUCUUCCUAUCACCAUGAGAUUGAUAACUACUAUCGUACAAUUAACUUUCUUGGUGCUACUGCAAAUCAUUGCAACCUCUUCUGCUCCUACAAAAUUCAGUUUCGGACGAAUUAUUGGUAAAGCGGCAAGAGGCGUAAAGUGUGCUGGUCAUGCUUGUUUCGUUGAAGCGCCUGUUCGUACAGGUCAUGCGAUUAGUGAUACAGCUUCAAAAGCGUUGAAGGGCUCAGACAGUAUUACGGCAAAAAUAAGUAAAGGUUUUCGAAAUAUGCGAGAAGAGAUAAACAAACCGAUUCCACGUCAAGAAAAAUACAAGAUAGAAGUUUUAGAACGUAAAAACAUGAAACUUCAACAUCAACAACAAAGGUUGAAUAAACAAUCGCAAAAGCUUGAGAGCAAACGUCAAAGUUUGUCUGGUCAAUCAUCAUCAGCAAAUUCUGCACCUCAAAGUGCAACUUCACAGCAUCUUUCUCAUCCUUCUCCUCAACAUGGAGAAAGUUCAACACAUAGCAAUGGCAAUUCGCACGUAUCACACGCACCACAACGAUCUGCUAAUUCAUACAACCCACAACGAUCUUACUCGAGCGGGCCUCAAAUCGUAAGAUCGCAUUCUGUCGCUUAAUCUGUGGUCGAUCCUCUAUUCCUUCGUAUAUCAGGUGCAUUACGGCUUUCCUUUCCCACAUGUAUAAAUUAUUUUGGAUCGAGUCUCCAUUUCAAUAAAAUAUUCCAUAGCAUAGUAGUGU